AAUGGCAGCAACAUUGCAAUUUAGCGAGUUUGAUAGUGAAGACCAAAUAACUAAAGAAAUAGCAAAACAAGAAGAGACAACGUCGUUGAAAUACAUAAUCUUGCGCAAAGACAAACGUUUUGGGCGAAAGGAUGCACACCCUUUGGCAGGAAAGAAGAUCAGCUGGGAGGUAAAAAGUCACCCAUUCAGUGGAGUUCCAUUUCAGGUUGUGGGCACAAGCACAUAUGAAUGCCAUCAGGGGAAAGACCGACAAGUAAAAGCUAAAGAGAAACAUGCUGCUAAAAUGAACAAGAAGGCGCUUGAAGACCAUGCCUUAAAGAGACGGAAACAAAAUACGAAGAAGGUGGACUGCAAGGCUUUAAUAAACAUUGCCCACAUUAUCCGCUUUCCUGGUUUUAAGAUUGAGGAGAGUACUGUUCGCUCUAAAAAGGAGUCCUCCAAAGACCUGAAGGCAGCACUAAGUGAAAAACCCAGCUCUGUGAAGGCAGAGGUUGUCUACUGCGUCAGGUUCCCCUCUCUCUCUGAGCAUAGCUCACACGCACUUGUUGGCGAGAGGUCCUCUAAGAAGAACUUGAAGGUGUUGCAGAAGCAAUGUGCAGGCUAUCUAAAAGAAAUCACAGACCUCACCUAUCAUCUUCAAGAUGAACAGUACCUGACUGGCCUGUCUUCACAUCUGCAAAGCCUAUUGCAGGAAAUGAAAGCCCUUGUCCCACAGGAUAAAGAUCUUACACUGACCCUUUCCCCAAGGAAGAGAAAGGCUGAGGAGGACAUGGCCACCCUACCAACCCAGGGAGCGUCGCAACCUUUCACUGACAGUGUAGGACAGCAUGCAGAUUUGCAGAACACAUGCGAAGAACCAUGUUUGCCAAACUGAGUGUGGAGUGAGAUCGCUUGUAGGCAGGGAGCCUAGGGCGACGGAGGAUGACACAGUGUGUAUAUAUAUGUUGAGUCAAAGUUUUUUUCAUAUUAUUUUAUUUUUGAGAGCUGUGUUUUGUGGUAACCCAAGCCCGCCAGCAUACAUCCUUGUUGUACUAUUUUAAUAUUGAUUGUAAUAAAAUACAAAUAAAAUGGUGGAAAAAGUA